AUGCAUUUCACAGCUGCUUCCUUGGCUCUUUUGGCCGGAGUUGCCACCGCUUCUCAACAAGGUCACUACCACCCAAAGCGUAUUAACAACGGUACCAUCUCUGCCACCUCCGCUGCUGAUAACGGCCAAACCACUUUAACCGUUUACGCUACCACCGUCCGAACCGUCACCUCAUGCGCUGCUUCCAUCACCAACUGCCCAGCUCGUGCCACCUCCACCGCUGAGGGAGCUUCCACCACCCCAGAAGUUAUCGUCGUUACCGAUACCGUUACCUUGGCCACCACUGUUUGCCCAGUCGCCGAGGCCGAAUCUGCUAGCUCCGUCAUCACUAGCAAGCACUUGACAUCUGCUCUUGCAUCCCUCUCUUCCGCCAUUGCCAGUGCUGCAAGUGAAAGCUCUUUCUACGGUGCCACCACCACCGCUGCUAUCCCAGCUGCUUCCAGCGGAGUCGUUGGUGCUACCAGCCCAAUUGCUUCAAGUGCUGUCGCAUCUUCCUCUGCCCUCGGUGUUGAGACCAGCCCAGCUGCCUCCGGUGUUGUUGCACCAUCUGGUGCUGUUCCAUCUGGAAGUGCCCCAGCUGGCUACGGAUCCCCAUCUGGAUCCGCUGGUGUUGUUGCACCAUCCGGAGCUGCUCCAUCUGGGGCUGCCCCAGCUGGAUCCGCUUCUUCCCCAGCUUCAUCCCUCGCUGCUUCCUCUCUCCCAGCCGCCGCUGUCUCCAGCGCUCUCGGUGUUGAGACCAGCCCAGCUGCUUCCGGUGUUGCCGCACCAACUGGAUCUUCCCCAUCCUCCGUCGUCGUUCCUCUCGGAACUGGCGUCGUUUCCGCCAUCCAAACCGUCACUGCCAACGCUAGCCACACCUUGACCUACACUCUCGGCUCUGGUUCUUCCACCACCGUUGUCACCACCACCAUCAUUGAGACCUCCGCCUCUACCAUCUACGCCACUGUUACCCCAACUCAAACCGUUGCCGCUUCCUCCGGUGCCGGAUCCCCAGCUGGUUCCGCCGCUGCUUCUUCCGAGGCUGGUGUCGUUUCCGCUGGUGAAUCUACCACUUCCCAAACCACCACCGUCUACGGUACCUCCACCUCCACUCACUACGUCACCGUUUCAGCUGUUUCCUCCGGAUCUGCUGCUACUGGUCUCGCUGGUGUUACCGCUGUUGCCUCAGGUGCUGGAUCUGCUUCCCCAUCCGCUACCGCUGGUGCAUCCUCUGGAGAGACCACUGGUGAGGGAUCUGGAUCUUCCGGUUCCGGAUCAUCUGGAUCUGAGACCUGUGCAUGUGCCGAGGCCGCUACCGUCACUGUCACUGCUACCGUUGCCGCUCAAACCGUCACCGUUACUGCCGCUGCCGCUGGAUCUGAUGCCACUGGUGCCCUUUCCGGUAUCCAAACCGCUGUUGUCUCCACCGACGCUGCCGCUGCCACCACUGACGCUUCUGUCGUUGUUAGCACUGCUACCGUUGUCCCAAUCCCAGCUACCACCGCCGCUGUUACUUCCAUCCCAUUCUACGGUAACGGAACUGUUGUUACUUCCACCAAGAAGUCCAAGUGCGCAUCUUCUGGUUUCUUGACCAGCAAGGCUAAGCCAACUGGUGCCAAGCCAACUGGUUACUAA